CGCGGCCGACGGGAAGAGAGCAGCGGUCUGGUCCUCCCUUACGAGUAUGCCCCUUCCCUGGGUCCUGCACUGCCCGGUCUUUCCUUCCUGUCCUAAGUAGCGAAGUACCGGGCUGCUGGAGUAACUGUGUUCCCCUACAGGCUGUCAACCUCCACUCCGUGGCCUAACUGAGGAGAACCGUGAUGGUCUGUCCUCCUGGCUACUUUGUGUCCUGAGUGUCUGGUUUGAAGCACUCAGGUUUCUUGGGACCUCCAGGUGUAGAUCCCAACACUGUUGGACUAGGUGUCCUUCCUCCCUGAAAUGACACAGCUUCACUUCCACCCAGUGGAAUACAUGGAGUAUUUCACCUCAGCGCUUGGCGUUUGUGACUGCUUUCUUCUGAGAUUAAAGAUUUGUGGCAUUUUUGGUAGAACAAAUUUUACCCUAGGUUCUUGGCCAACCCUGUGUCCUUUGCUGCAUAACGAGUUGGCUGCUUCUUCCACCUCUGUUGAGACUGCAUUAGAGUGAUUGUACUUAAGUAUUUUGCAAAGCACAUGUGGAUCUGUCACAAUGAAGUGUGUCACACAGCUGUUGGUUGACUACGAAGAUGGAAGGGGUUCUCUAAUGAUCUUGCUUCACCAUGGCAACCAAUAUGGAGGUGCUGGCUCAGCAGAUAGUGGAGACACAGCAGGUGGCUGAGGUACAGACUGUUCAGACUUCAUUAUCUGAAUCUCCAGUGAUGACCAGCCCCUCUCAACGCAUCCAAAUUAUUUCUACAGACUCUUCUGUAGCUUCACCACAGCGCAUUCAGAUUGUGACAGAUCAGCAAACAGGACAGAAAAUCCAGAUAGUGACAGCAGUGGACUCAUCAGUGUCUCCGAAGCAACAGUUUAUCUUGGCUAGUCCAGAUGGAACUGGAACAGGAAAGGUGAUAUUGGCAGCACCUGAAACCUCUAAUGCCAAGCAACUUAUCUUUACCACCACUGACAACAUUGUACCAGGCAGAAUUCAGAUUGUGACAGACUCUGCUUCAGUGGAACGUUUGUUGGGUAAAGCUGAUGUCCAGCGGCCACAAGUAGUAGAAUAUUGUGUUGUUUGUGGAGAUAAAGCAUCAGGUCGUCACUAUGGUGCUGUCAGUUGCGAGGGAUGCAAAGGUUUUUUUAAGAGGAGUGUAAGGAAGAAUUUGACCUACAGUUGUCGUAGCAACCAGGACUGUAUCAUCAAUAAACACCAUCGGAAUCGUUGCCAGUUCUGUAGGCUUAAGAAAUGCUUAGAGAUGGGCAUGAAAAUGGAAUCGGUUCAGAGUGAAAGAAAGCCUUUUGAUGUGCAACGGGAGAAACCAACCAACUGUGCAGCUUCAACUGAAAAAAUCUAUAUCAGGAAAGACCUACGAAGCCCUCUCAUAGCAACUCCAACAUUUGUAGCAGAUAAAGAUGGGGCCCGGUCAACAGGUCUUCUUGAUCCAGGAAUGCUUGUGAAUAUUCAGCAGCCUUUGAUACGGGAUGAUGGUACAGUCCUGCUAGCUACAGACUCCAAGGCUGAGACAAGUCAGGGUGCUUUAGGAACACUGGCAAAUGUUGUAACGUCCCUUGCCAGCCUUAGUGAGUCACUUAAUAAUGGAGAUACUUCUGAAAUCCAACAAGAGGAUCAAUCUGCCAGUGAGAUCACUCGGGCAUUUGAUACUUUGGCUAAAGCACUUAAUACCACAGAUGGCACAGUAGCUCAGAACUUGGCAGAUGGGAUGGAUCCUACAGGAGGAGGGAAUAUUCAUGUAAUCAGCAGAGAUCAGUCAACACCAAUCAUUGAAGUGGAAGGACCCCUACUUACAGAUACACAUGUCACAUUUAAGCUAACAAUGCCUAGUCCAAUGCCAGAGUACCUUAAUGUACAUUACAUCUGUGAGUCAGCAUCACGACUGCUUUUCCUCUCAAUGCACUGGGCUAGAUCUAUCCCUGCUUUUCAAGCACUUGGACAGGACUGUAACACAAGCCUAGUUCGUGCCUGCUGGAAUGAGCUGUUUACCUUAGGCCUAGCACAGUGUGCACAGGUGAUGAGUCUGUCUACUAUCCUAGCAGCUAUCGUCAACCACCUGCAGAACAGCAUACAGGAAGAUAAGCUUUCCGGAGACAGAAUAAAGCAAGUCAUGGAACACAUCUGGAAACUUCAGGAGUUCUGUAACAGCAUGGCCAAGCUUGAUAUUGAUGGAUAUGAAUAUGCAUACCUUAAAGCUAUAGUCCUCUUUAGCCCUGAUCACCCUGGUCUGACGAGUUCAAGCCAAAUAGAAAAAUUCCAAGAGAAGGCACAGAUGGAGUUGCAAGACUAUGUCCAAAAAACCUAUCCGGAAGAUACUUAUAGGUUAGCCCGGAUUCUGGUUCGCCUGCCAGCACUUAGACUGAUGAGCUCUAGUAUUACAGAGGAACUUUUUUUUACUGGUCUCAUCGGAAAUGUUCCGAUUGACAGCAUAAUCCCAUACAUCCUCAAAAUGGAAACAGCAGAGUAUAAUGGUCAAAUAACUGGCACAUCUGCAUAGUGGGAACAAUGCACCUUGGUGGAUCAAAGUAAUUUUAGUAAAACAAGUAACUACACAAUUAAGAGAGAUAAGUUUAAAAAAAAAAAGACAUUUUGGUAUGUACAAAUAUUUCCAACAUGUUACCAGUUUCCUACCAGACUGCUCCUUGUCUAUUUAUUUCCAGUGACAAAGUAUAAAAAGCUAUUAAAACACCUCCGACUAGGACCCUUUUCUGCCAUAAGGAGUGUUUUGAUGCCUUUCAUUCAAAAGGCUGUAGAUUACUGAACAUACUUUUAACAUGCUUUGUAUUUAGAAAUUAUCAAUGGGCAAAAAUAGAGUUUUAUAAUGUCAGAGAUUAGUAUAAAAAAUUGCUAAAAGAAGAACAGUAUGUACAUAUUUAAAUUUUUCCUUGGAAUUAAUAUCUAAUAAUUACCAGGAUAUAAUGAUGAUAGCACUUUCUAAGCACUUCUUGUCAAAGCGAUAAUGUCAUCAACAUUUUACUUAUGAGCAGGGCAAAUGGAAAAUUGCAUAUGUUUUUGGUCAAAUUGCUAGUGAUUUCUGUGAAGGCUAUAGGAGACAAUCAUUUAUACUACAAAAUAUUGCUAUGAAUAAUGUUAUGUAUUUAAUGGUAAAGUGGAAAUUUAAAGCAAAUUUCUACACUGUUAGCACUAAACUCUGCUAAAUUAGUGAAAAUGAGCUUUAUUUGACAUAAGCAUAAUGACUAUAGUAUAAUUAGCAACAUUAAUAAAUGCUACAGAAAUUGCCCAAAUUGGAAGGCAGAAUACCAAUUUUUUGCCAUAGUAAUAAUGAAACUUUCAGAUUCCUUAAAGUUUCAGUUCCAGCCUGGCAUAGAUGUUUACACAGUCAUGAUAGACGUUAUUCCAACAGGACGACUUUUGGUUGUGGCGGAAAUCAGUCAUUAACUGGCAGGGAAGCAAUCCUUCCAACUAGAAUCAUGCACUCCUAGUCUCUGUGUAUACUUUUUAUACUUCCAAAUUCAUUCCUUCUGUCUGCAGCCGUAAAUGACCCUCACCAUCCUAGGAGCCAAAGGGGAUGAUUGUGACUACGUUAGAGCCCAUAACGCUGCUGUCAGAUAAAGGAUAAGUGCAGAACAUGAGGUUCUCUUCCUUCCCCAGGAACUGAGCAUCCUGUCUUUGCAGUGCUCCCUACCCUGUUCUGAUCCAGUUCUAAAUUGGAGCGUCAGCUGGGUUUUUUAUAUUCAUUCAUGUGCAGUUACAGUUAAUGACCGAUUGUUUGGAGUUAGAAUACUAACUAUCUUUGUUUUUAUCUUGGGUAGUAACCUAUCAAGUCGUUUUCUAGGAUUCACCUUUUCCUGCUAAUAUUGCAUUUAUUUUAGUAUAAUUUAUUAAUAUUAACACUGAAUAUUUUAAACAAUCAAAAUUCAUAAAAAAGCAUUUUGUCAGAAGAGUUAUAGCUGCAUUAAGCUGAUUCUUGCUUAUUACAUACAUUCAUUAAUUAGUUUAAUGAAUUUACAUGGCAGCGUCAUUUUCUACUUGCAUUCUUGUGACAAAAAUAUAAAUAAUGAGUUCAGCACUUUUUUGUUUCUGGUAUUGACAUUGAUUUAGAAACAUUCCAACAGGGUUGGUUUUUGUCUCUUAAGGGUCUGAGCUGUAGCCCAAGGAUUUUGAGCAACUCCUUGCUACUGUAUUAGUCAGUCCUGUCUUGGUACAAUUCAUCCUUAUAGUAAGGCUCUCAUUUGUAACACUCAUUCUGACAAAUAAGGCUAUGUAAUUUUAGCUCCUAAGUACAUUAAACUCAAUUACAAUCUCCAUCUUUAUAAAGUUCAGAAAUCUUGGUUCUCAAGAACAGUGGUAUAGACAGAGUGCAAUAUAAAGGCAGACAUCUGAGAUAUUGCACCAUCUUCUUCCUAGGCUUUUAUUAUAGUAAAUGAAGUUUGUCAUUUCUUUAAAAGUGACAAAAGGACUAUAUUUUGAACAUCCUUAGGCCAACUGGAAUGCAGACCUAAGCCUUAGCCGUUAUAUUAUAGUAUCACUACUUGUAGGGUUGUGUCAGCACUUCCGAUAUAAAACCCCUGUUUUAAGGGUUUACUUCUUGGCCUUAGAAAUUAGUAGUAGCCUGAAUUUUAACAUACAAGUUACUUGCCUUGGAAACAGAAUUUCAAAGAAAAGUUGUGGCCAUUUUUGUGCAAAAGUGAAUGUUAGAGGUUUACUGUUUUGAUUGUUUAAAAAUAUAGCGUGCACAUUGAACUGUUUUUAGGGGGGCUAUGGCAAAAGAUUAGCAGGUGAUAUAAUUUAAUCACUUGUAAUGUGUAGUAAAAAUCAAUCAAACAGUCAAGUAAGCAUUUUUAGAGGAGUGUGAAAUAUUCAUAAACAAAAAGUAUACUAAACCACUGGAAAUCAACGUUUUUCCAGAUUUUAUUGUAAACUUGAGACCAUUUUCCAUGAAAAAUGUUGUUGGACAUGUACAUUUCUCUAGUAAAGGGUCUCAUUUGCUGAUAAAGAUGAGCCCAUGUUUGAGUAAAAAUGGCUUCUCUGUUGAAAACGUGCAAAAAAAGUUUGUUUGUUUUUUCAUUGUGAAAAUAGCCAUUUUGAAAAAGGUAACCCACAAAAAACUAAGCUGUGGAGCAAAAUCACAUGAAACUGCUAAAAUUUAUGCAUUAAAUUUCAUAAAUAAAAAACGAUGAAUUUUGCACAGCACUGUUAACAUGUACAGAAUGCAUCCUACAAACAUAGGACUAUACUGUUUGUACCUCAUUCUGCAAGUAGUCUCGUGGACUUCAGGAAGACUUUAUGUAGAGUAAAAUGCUACUCAGUGUGAGUAUGGGUAUUGCAAUCGAGCCCAUUCUUAGGAUUUAUUUUUAAAAAGUGUAAAUGUACUUAAUGUACUUGAGAGUGAAGCAGUUCCAUAAUUACACUUUUAUUUUAAAACCCUCAAAUUACUACCUUUAAACUACGAAGACUCUGUUUGUGUAGCAUCAUUGGCAUGGUUUGUCAGAGCUGAGAUAACAUAGUCCCCAUGUCAUUACUAAAAAGGAAUGUUUUCUGUGAUCAUAUGUUGUUUUGACUCUAACACUAACAGUUUAGAUGGUAGAAAUUUGUACAGCAGGUGGUGGAUCCCACAGCUUAGGAGAUAUUUAGGGUAUCAGCUAUUUGAAUACAAGUUACAGAUAAUAGAAUAGGUGUGGAUAAUAAGCUUCAUGCUUCUUUUUCACAUGCUGCUCAAGAGCUACCAUUAACACUGAGCCAAGGAAUUGGUAUGCUGCAGGGAGAGAGAUGGUGUAAAAGAGGCACUUAAAAUAUUAUUGUCCUAUUAAAAAUGAUGGGCCAAACUCCAUUGUGGUGUGGCUUUUUUUGCACCAAACCACUGAGGUAAUCUAGCUGUGGAGCCAUCUUAACUGGAUCCAGAAGGACUAUCCUAAUAUAAGGCUGAUCUACCAGAGGGGUGGGGCUGAUUUAGGGGUUCUUGUGCCGUUCCAGCCACCUGUGGCUGGGAUAGCAAGGGAAAAAGGCAUGGCUGGGGAAAAUGGGAGAUGACCAAGUUGCUCCUGCAUUAUGCUAAUCAUUGGCCAUAUUUUCAGUUCCUUGUGGCCAUUGAAACUCACAUGCUGUUUUAACAUAGCACGGGAGGAAUGGCCUGCACACAGCAGCUACCAAGAUCAUAGGAGUGCAAAGGUGCGCUUUCAGUCAUCUUUGCACACCUUUGACCAACACUCUUCACAAUUUGGCUGCCACAUGGGACGUGAUCCCAUAUGUUCAAAUAGUAAUUUCCUUGCCUAUGUUACUAAUAAUGCAUUUGAUUAUUAAAACUGAAAGAGUAUUGCAAGUGUAAAUUAUUUUCUGCCAUUUAUUGGCUUGUUUAUGUACUCUUUCCAUUUCUUAAGGAUUGGGCAAUGAGAAUAGACUAGUCUGGUUCCCUUUGGUUUCUAGUCAGUUUCACUUUAAAUUUCUCCUCUCUAAGCACAAGACUGCACUUUUGUAUUGUAAAUAUAGAUUGGGAAUAUUUGUGUUUGUUUUUCUUUUGAAAUAACAACAACAGAAUUAUUGGAAAUAUUUGUGUUGGUCUUAAAUUUGGUAAAAACUUUCUUUUACAAACCUAAUUGUGUGGCCAGAUUUGACCUGACAAAACUAGGAGCCAAAGUACAUAGCCUGAUAGUGAUUCUAGAAAACCUUGCAUCCAAGUAAAGUUCCUGCUACUGCCUCAGAAUUAACGCUUCUUCAAAACCUGAUAAAGUCUCAUUGUCCUACUUUUAAAAGUAAAGAGUUUUUAACUCAGUAGAAGUGUCAUGGUGAAUCGAGCUUGACCAUCCGUAUAUAGCAGUAAGAUUUAGUUCAUACAAAAACUGGAAUUCUGUGUUGGCUGAAAUUGUUUGGAAUGCAGUGAGUGAUAAUAAUUCCCAAGUCUGUUGACCAUCAGGGUAUGCUGUGAGGCCUGUCUGUUUUCCCAUUCUUUCGAGAAAGAUGUGAGUUUGGAAUUUGUAUGUGGGUAUGAAGGAAUGCUUAUUGAUAGUUAUGAAGGGUUAAUUUGGGUAAGCAAUAUUUGGGCUAUUUUUAUAAGAUUUGUAAUUGUUUUUACUGUAUAUGCACCUAAAACAAACAGCCAUAUUUAAAAAAUCUAAAUAAAAGUAAUUCUCCUUAGUCAUAUUGACUUGUCAAACAGCAAGCAGGAUUAACAUUAAAUUAUUUUCCUUUCACUUCCACUAUUUGUAAAUUAGAAAUCACCCUUGGAAGCCAAUGGUGUUACUCUUAUGUAAAACUGGUGGAAGGGAAAGGAGAAUCAGAUCCCAAAUUUUUAGGUGGGUCACACAGACCCAGAUUUUGACUCAUCUUAAAACUGAUAGAAUGUAGACAAUGUUUAGAUUAUAAAGGCCCCAUGCAGCAGAAAACUGACUGCUGGCCAAUGGAAGUUUUGGCUCGCUGUGUAGUCACAGAUGGCAAGACUUAUCAUUGACCUACAGCCCCCUUGCACUGUAAUUCCUGACACAAAUGGGCUGUAGGGCAGGAAUAAAGUCCACUAAUGAAUAGCAUUGGCUCGAGGGGGUUUCUAUGCCAGGAAUCGAGCUGGGUUUGCCCUGCCCCCCAUAGAAGCCUUUAACACAGGGUGUGUUCUGCGGUAUAUUGGGGUAGGAGGAGGCAUGGCCAGCACACUCCUUUGCCCUGAUGAUUUCCCAAUGUUGCAAAACCCAUAAGGGUCCUAUGCUGCACAAGGGACUAACCAAUCUCUAGCAUGUCCUUAUUAUGAGAUGUUUUUUUCUUUGGUAGAGGUUGUGUAAUGCUGAAAACUGCACCCUUUUUGUUGCCAUGUGUAUGGAAUGGGGUUGUUGAAAUGUUUCUGGGAAACACUGAACAUUUUCAGAAUAUUCUCCCACCUCAGCCUCCAUAUGGGUAGGAGUGGUGAUUAGGAUCUUUCCCUGACUGACUGACAUUUUUAAUCAGCGAAGAAUUUUAAAAGUACUACCUAGUUUAAAGAACUGACUGACAAUGCCGUUGUGAAUGGAUUUCAGCCCGGCUAAAGAUUCACCUAUAGCAAGUGGAGAUCAGGAAAAUCCGUCUGCAACAGCAACAGGGAUGGGGCACCCAGUCCAUAUCAGACAAUGCAGGAGUUAGCAUUGGUAUGUAUACACACACACACACACUUCAAGCAAACUUUUUAGCACGCUAGACUAUCAGAACUGUGCUGACAUCACUGCCAUUCUCAAUUACAUUUAAGGCACCACUGACAUAAACAAGAAAUUAACAGAUAUCAUAAUUCCACUCAUGACAUCAGAUGCUCACUGCUGGUAUUGUGGGAUGUCUGUACAUACACAGGGAGACAGCUAAAUACAUGCCAUAACAAUACGGCUCCAAGGCUUAAAAUGCAGAGUUAUCAGCAAGUACUUGCAGAUUCAAGUCUCCCUGUAGGCAAAGGAUUUUCUUUUUAAUUUUGUUUUGUUUUUCCUUAGUUUGAUUUGACAUUUCUCUUUUCUCUUUCAGUCCUUAUCUGGAAAAUAAAAAAAAGGUUAUGUGGGUGUGUUUUUCCCUCCUCCUCUCUUACCCCUGAAAAAGCAGAGAGAUGGGAAGAAAAGCAACAAGUAGCCUCAGGUACAUCUCAGAAUUUAGUUCCAGGAGUGCAACAGACCCACCUGAUAGCAGCCGCGCUGCAGCUAGCAUGGUUGGCCCCCUGUGUAAGGAUAGACUUACUGUGAUAGUAGCAGAGAACAUCUGCUGUCACAAUACAUCUUUGUACACAGGUAGAGCCAGCAAAAGAAGCUAUGUUUGCUUCUACUUUAUACAAAACAGAGGAUGGGGGAGGUCAGAGUUACCAUAUACAGAAAGAUAAACUGAGUAAUAAUAGAAAUGUUACUUUCAAAUUUGCAAGAGGCCUUAUAAAGAGCGAGGAGUGAAAAAUCAAAAACUAUUUUAAAAAUGCGUUUGACAUUGUCUAUUUAAUUCUGAAGUUGCUAUGUCAAUUGAAAAGUGUAUUUUAUAGGACUGUCAAGCCCUUUAGAAAUAAGGCUACGCUUAUUGUUUUACUAAGGAUGCCCUAAUCCCUCUUUUUAGCCUGUGUGAUAUAAACCUACCUUAAUGGUUAUCAGUAUUAAAUGUGAAAUUAUUUUGCAAACAUUUAAAAUGUUAGUCUUAUGAAGAUGGAAGUUAAAAUUAAAUACACAUACAAAAUUUUUGAAAAGUUAAGUCAAAUAUAUUGGAAUUGAAAAGCGCUAUCGCCUAUAAUUUCCUUAUUGUAGAGCUCUCUGUUUGUUGUGAAAUCUGUACUGUAUUUAUCAUGGGAAAUAUCCAUGUCAGUAUAUCACAGUGUUCCAUAUUUCCCAAUGUCGAAUUUAUUAUUUGGGUUAUGUGAGGGCUUUGAAAAUGGAUUACUAGAUCUUUAAAUUCAUGCUUUUCCUCCCCCAUCUUUUUUUUUUAAUAUAGUUUUUUUAUAUAUUUCUUUGUGCCUUCUAUCAUUGUACAUUUCUGCAUGUUUAGUAAUAGAGCUCACUCGUGUAGCUAACGCAUAUGUACAUAGUUGUGUGUAUGUGUAUGAAUGUGUUUAUAUCUAUCUCCGUGUAAUAUAUUAUGUACAGCGUAUAUAAAGUGUGUAUGUGUAUGUACAUAUACAUAUAUGUAGCCAUGGUAUUCAUACAUCUUUAUAUGUUAAAGAAAGUUGAUGAUUGAGUUGCUAAUCUGGGCCUUCCUAAUCUUCAUUUCUUGGCCCAGGCUCAGCCCUGCCUUAAGCAGGAUCAUCUCCGUUAACAUCAGUAGAGUUCUACCUGUUUCUAAACCAAGGCUGAAUUUGGGUUUGUCGCUUUGUCCUCAGAGCUUUUUAAAAAAAUCCAAGUCAUUUGAGAUUUUCAAGUUAUUUUCUCAGCCUUUUCUCAUAACUGGUAGGAGCCAUCCAAGUGAGAGUUAGUAGAAUCUACAAUUCCCAAGGGAAAACAUGAAAUAAAAAUAGAAGGUAAAUAUUCCCCUAUUUUUAUUCCCCUAUUUUCAUUCUUGAUAAACACAGAGGGGCUUUUUCUAGCCUUCUGAGAGAGGUCUAUUUGUAAAUUUUUUAAGUGAUUUCUUUAAGUCUCCAUUAGCGGCUACUUAGAAGAAAGGUUGCCAUGUAUCUUUGAACUAUACCCCACAGGAUAAAGCAAAAGGCUGAAUGCAAUGCAUGGUGCAAUAAAUGUCAUUUCUAAAAUCUUCAGCAACAAGAUCAUAACAGUCAUGUCAUAGAAUUUAAGGCCAGAAGGGACCACCAGAGCAUCUAGUCUGACCUCCUGUAUAUUACAGGCCAACAUCACCCAGCACCCGCACACUAAAUCCAACAACUGAAAUUAGACCAAGUAUUACAGCCCACAGGAAACUAAACUAUCGUGUACCAUAGGCAAAGAAUAAAAGGGACUACGGUGUACAAGUGCCUGAGGCCCCUGCAGUGGCAGGGAAAUGAUUUAGUGAGAUAUACCCAGAUAAUCCUGGCAAGUGAUGUGCAUCGUCAUGCCACAGAGGGAGGCAAAGAAACCCAAAGGUCGCUGCCAGUCUGUCCUGGGGGGAAAUUCCUUCCUGAUCCCACAUAUGGCAAUCAAUUAGACUCCGAGCAUGUGAUCAACAACCAGCCAGCUGAACACGUGAGACAGAGAAUGUUCAGUGCCAGCUCAGAGCCCUGCCCCACACUGCCCAAUGUCCCAUUUCCAGCUAUGGCCAUCCCUGAUGCUUCAGAGAAUAGACAUUAAAAAAACCACCCAGAAUAUACUGGGGGAGGGAAUCCCUUCCUGACCUCUGCAGGUGGCCAGCUGAAAUCCUGAAGCAUGAGAUUUUAGGAACAUGAGAAAUAAACCGGAAAUGAGCCCCAAGGCUACUGAGUCCUGCCCCCUACCAUCAGAAGCAACCCUGAAGCUGCACUCAACAAUUUGUCCAACUCUCUCUUAAAAAUAAUUAAGUUGUUUGCCCCCAAAACUCAUAUUGGAAGGAUGUUCUAGAGCCUCACCCCACUGAUGAUUAGAAACUUUCUUCUAAUUUCCAGCCCUAAUUUGUUCAAGGCCAGUUUAUGUCCAUUUUUUCUUGUGCCAACGUUGUUCAUGAGCUUAAAUAGGUCUUCACUGCCCGCUCCCUUCCCAGUAUUAACUGCCCUAAUGUAUUUAUGGGAAGUAAUCAUAUCCCCUCUCAACCUUAUUUUUGCUAGAUUAAGCAAGCCAAGCUUUUCCAGUCUUCUCUUGUAAGAUAGACCCUCCAUUCCUCUGAUCAUCCUCGUAGCUCUUCUCUCCACCUGUUCCAGUUUGAAAUUUGCAUUAAUCCUUUUUGAGCCUGGGUGACCGGAAUAGUAUACAAUAUUCCAAAGGAGGUCUUACCAGUGCCUUGUACAAUAGCAUUAAUACUUCUCUAUUUCUAAUGGAAAUGCCUCGCCUGAUACGUCCUAGGAUUGCAUUUGCCUUUUGCACAGCCAUAUCACAUUGGUGGCUCAUAGUCAUCCUGUGAUCAGCCCACACACUCAUGUCUCUCACUUCCUCUGUCACUUACAACUGAUGAGCUCUUGGCUUGUUGCAGAAGUUCUUAUCAUUAGUCCCUAAGUGCAUGACAUUGCAUUUUGUAUUAUUGAAUUUCAUCCCAUUUCUGUCACUCCAGUCUUCCAGGUCAUCCGGAUCUUCCUGUAGAAUAUUCCGAUCCUCCUCUGCAUUGACAGUGCCUCCCACCUUUGUGGUGUAAAAUGUCAGGUUUUUUUUAUAAUCAGUAUGCUAAACUAUCUGUUUAUAUGGAAAUUGAAAUUAGAGUAAGCUCCAGGUUUAGACUACAUUCCUCUGUACUAUAUUCCUUGUUUCUAUCGCAGAAGGGCUGAGAGGAGUGUGCUGAAACAGUCCCCUCACAUGCUCUGUUUCUAUAAAAAUAGAGAUCGGUGGCAACUACACUGAAGGAAAUAAUCAGUCAGAAGUAUGUAAGGGUACAGAAUUGUCCAUAUGAGUUUUUAAUUCAGUUUUUAAUGUUGUUUUCUUCAAUAGUUUAAAAAAUAAAACAACUUCAGUUAGUUGUGCAAGUAACAUCUGAUUAUGGAUAUUAAAUGCUCAGAAAACUGAAAAAUUACAUUAUUACUGAUAAAGACAUGAGAGGCACUGAGAACUCCUCUAUCACAAAGAAUUUCUUAAAUUCAUUUUUUUCUGAGGUUAAUGUAAUUAUUUUUGCACAAGGCUUUUUAUGUAAAUCCAAGUUAGCAGAAAGGAAAAUUAACAAGAUCUACAGACCUUUCAGUAAUUUAAGUUUUUAAAAUAUUCUCCCUUAGAAUAAUUUUGUACAUAUCUUGGACCCAAAUCUUUGAACACUCCAUGUGCUCAACUCCCAUUGCCAUCUGAUGUCAAGGGGAACACCUCACAUGCGUAAGCUUUUGCAGGAUAUGGGCCUUGGUUGUAAAGUCUUUGCUGUGAAGAAUACUAAGAAUGUGUUCCUUUUUGCCAUACUGUUUAAUAAACAUAUGUAGACUGUUUGUUUCAAAUAUCGAUUUUGUGAAACAUCCAUCUUUUUAACAUUUCAAGCCCAAUUUCUGAGGCCUUCUGCAUGUAAAAUGCCCAUUUAAAUCAAUGGGAGCAUUUCUUGCAUAAGAUGGCCCUUCCUUUGGUGUCAUGACAAUCACACCGUUUGAAUAUUCUUGCUUUUCUGUUGAAAAUAGAAUGGCAACCUUAAUGUCUUUAAAUGCUUUUUUAUUUCAAGAACAUUUUUUAAGGUUAAGAAAUGGAUUGGGGUGUUGAUCAGAAUUGCAGCCAUUUCAAAGAAUAAUAAUUAAACUGCGAAUUUAAAAAAUAAUAGCCAUAUUCUAAGACUGAAGGGUUAUGGAACUCACAAGUUUGAAUUUUUUCUCUUUUGAAAGACAAAAUGUGUUAAAUAUAAAUGUGGAUGAAAUGUGUUAUGUACUAUCUUGCAGGAACUACAGGAUGUGAAAUCAGCUUCCUGUAGUGAUCACAGACCGCCAAAUUCUGAGAAGUGCUGAGCAGCUUCUGUUCCCAUUGUAGGUGCUCUGCACCUCUCAGUAAUUGGCUCAUUGCAUAUAAAAAUCUGUUCCUAGAAACAUCUAUUACUGCAAAGCAAGUACAAAGCCAUUUGAAGAGUUUUGUUUUACCAUUUAGAUUUUAAAAAGGGGAAAUAAUAGAUUUCAAGUUAGACAUGGGGAUAUCCUUUAGAAAAGUAUGUUAUUUAUAGAGCAUAUUUGUUUUUUUAUCAUCUGUGGUAUUAAGUUCAAGUUCUGGAAUAUUUUCCUAUAAUCCAUCUGUUCUUUAAAAUAUAUUGUAAGCCAGUGUUCAAACACUUUUAUAACUGAAAAACUGCACAUUUUUCAUUGUAUAAUUGUAUGUAUUUGGCAUACCUAUGAGCUCUGAGCUCUUACAAAAAUACCCCACUUGUUACAAAGGGAAUUGUCUGCUAUAGUUCCUUGGGAUAUUUUUUGUAACCCUCUCUUCUUCAUUGUUUAGAAAACUGUUGUUUAUGCUAUUGCAUUAAUUACAGGUUUAAAACCUGUUAAAGCUGUUGCUUUCUCACAGCUUCUUUGUGAAAUCAGCUUUGUAUAUGUGAUGGCAUUUAAAAAUAAUAGCAUGAAUUUUUUAAUCUGAAUUUUAUAUCUAAUCAGUGUCUUCAGUCAUGAAGAGAAAUUUGCAUUGUUGUGUUUGUAUAUAGAGUAUUGCAGUGCAUGAAUUAGCUUAUGCAUUUUAUUAAAUGCAGUUUAAAUGUGGCAUUACAUUGUUGUAGCUUAAUACUACUACCUAAAUGAGGUUUAUACUAUUAAAGUGAAUUACAAACCUAAAUGUA